GACUAAAGAGACAUGAAGUUUUUGAACAGUGAACCUCAUUUUAUUGCACAAGAUUGAAUGGUUAUCUGAGGUUCUAACUUCUUGAAUAUAUAAAUGAGUUUCUUUUACAAUGAAGCUUGUGUAUUUGCUGAUUUUGGUUUCUCUAUUAGCUCUGACAGAAAGAGUCCUGAUGAAAACUAUCUGUGAAUCUGGAUACAUUCUAGAUGGAACACAGUGUAAAGAUGAAGAUGAGUGUGAAUAUGAAGUGCCAAUCUGUGGAGAUAAUGCAGUUUGCUACAACACUUUGGGUAGCUACUACUGUCAUUGUAAAAAAGGAUUUACACCACCUGGAAACUUUACACAGGAGACUUCUAAGAAAUGCCAAGACAUCAAUGAAUGUUUGGAGGACAGCAUUGAUUGUGGCCCUAAUGCAUCCUGUCACAAUACUGUAGGGAAUUAUACAUGCUUCUGUAAUUCUGGCUACUUUGCCAACAACAAUGCAGAUACAUUUAUGGACAGACAAGGAGUUCAGUGUAUUGACAGAAAUGAGUGUGAAGUAGUUUCUGGUUUAUGUGGUAUAAAUACGAGAUGUCAUAACACCCCGGGCAGUUACUACUGCACAUGUGCUCCAGGCUUCAGACUGAGAUCAGGACAAACUAACUUCACUGAUCCCAGUACAGACAGCUGUGAAACUGAUAUAUGUUACGCUGAUAAAUCUAUCUGUGGAGAAGGAUUCUGUAAAAACAGCAAAGAUGGUCAUGAAUGUGAAUGCAAGCCAGGAUUCACCAACUAUGGAAACAAACAAAUGAAAUGCACAGACAGAAAUGAGUGUGAAGUAGUUUCUGGUUUAUGUGGUAUAAAUACGAGAUGUCAUAACACCCCGGGCAGUUACUACUGCACAUGUGCUCCAGGCUUCAGACUGAGAUCAGGACAAACUAACUUCACUGAUCCCAGUACAGACAGCUGUGAAACUGACAUAUGUAACACUGAUAAAUCUGUCUGUGGAGAAGGAUCCUGCAAAAACGGCAAAGAUGGCCAUGAAUGUGAAUGCAAGCCAGGAUUCAGCAACUAUGGACACAAACAAAUGAAAUGCACAGACAGAAAUGAGUGUGAAGUAGAUUCUGGUUUCUGUGGUAUAAAUGCGAGAUGUCAUAACACCCCGGGCAGUUACUACUGCACAUGUGCUCCAGGCUUCAGACUGAGAUCAGGACAAACUAACUUCACUGAUCCCAGUACAGACAGCUGUGAAACUGAUAUAUGUUACACUGAUAAAUCUAUCUGUGGAGAAGGAUCCUGCAAAAACAGCAAAGAUGGUCAUGAAUGUGAAUGCAAGUCAGGAUUCACCAACUAUGGACACAAACAAAUGAAAUGCACAGACAGAAAUGAGUGUGAAGUAGAUUCUGGUUUAUGUGGUAUGAAUGCGAGAUGUCAUAACACCCCGGGCAGUUACUACUGCACAUGUGCUCCAGGCUUCAGACUGAGAUCAGGACAAACUAACUUCACUGAUCCCAGUACAGACAGCUGUGAAACUGAUAUAUGUUACAAUAAUACAUCUAUCUGUGGAGAAGGAUUCUGUAAAAACAGCAAAGAUGGACAUGAAUGUGUAUGCAAGUCAGGAUUUACCAACUAUGGACACAAACAAAUGAAAUGCACAGCUGACAAAUGUUACAAUAGUAAAUCUAUCUGUGGUGAAGGACUCUGCAAAAAUGGCAAAGCCGGCCAUGAAUGUGUAUGCAAGUCAGGAUUCACCAACUAUGGACACAAACAAAUGAAAUGCACAGACAUAAAUGAGUGUGAAGUAGAUUCUGGUUUCUGUGGUAUAAAUGCGAGAUGUCAUAACACCCCGGGCAGUUACUACUGCACAUGUGCUCCAGGCUUCAGACUGAGAUCAGGACAAACUAACUUCACUGAUCCCAGUACAGACAGAUGUGAAACUGAUAUAUGUAACACUGAUAAAUCUAUCUGUGGAGAAGGAUUCUGUAAAAACGGCAAAGAUGGCCAUGAAUGUGAAUGCAAGCCAGGAUUCACCAACCAUGGACACAAACAAAUGAAAUGCACAGUUGAAGGUAUAUACAACACUGACAAAUCCAUCUGUGGAGGAAAAUUUUGCACAAACAGCAAAGAUUCAGCGUUCAAGAUGACUCACAGUACCAAGAUCAGCGCUGUGUUAUCAGUUUUAGUGCUUGUUUUGUGGGAAUGAAAUUCCUUGAAAUGUCGCAUGAACAUUCAGAAACAAAAUUCCAGAGUGCAGUGUAAUAAACAAGAAUUAUAUCCCAGAUCAUGCAAUUUGUUAUGGAGAUGUGCUAUUUGUUAUCUGAGCGAUUUAAAUAUUUUGCACAGGCAAAAUAAAAGUCCUACAGAUUCUAUUUGUCAUUAUGUUUGGUUAAACGUUUCAGUUUAGUUCUUUGUUGGUUCUUCUUUCUAAAAUCAUGAAAUCAUUACAUCUUUGUAAUACCACAUUAAAGACCUGACAAAACCUU